CUCCACUUGUAUUGCCUUGACAAUAACCACACCGGAAACCCACCUGGCCCCGACUCGCAUUAGACGACCACAUAGUACAUAUAAAUAUAACAUACUAUUCUCUUCAAGCAUAUUCCUUUUGCCUCUGGCUGUGCUUUCUUCAUCUGUCAGCUCUCCAGCCAGCCAUUUUAGACUUCACUCUCUCUCUCUGUCUCUGCAACUCAACUCCAGACUCCAUUGCAGAGAGGCGAAGAUGCAGUACAAUAACCUAGGACGUUCUGGCUUGAGAGUGAGUCAGCUCUCUUACGGAACCUGGGUGAGUUUCGGGAACCAACUCGAUGUGAAGGAAGCCAAAUCGCUCCUCCAGUGUAGCCGUGAUCAUGGCGUCAAUUUCUUCGAUAACGCCGAAGUCUACGCCAAUGGUCGUGCUGAGGAGAUCAUGGGUCAGGCCAUUCGAGAGCUUGGAUGGAAGCGAUCCGAUAUCGUUGUGUCUACCAAGAUCUUCUGGGGCGGUCCUGGCCCUAACGACAAGGGUUUGUCUCGAAAGCACAUCAUUGAGGGUACCAAGGCUUCUUUGAAGCGGCUUGACAUGGAGUAUGUGGAUCUCAUUUACUGCCACCGGCCUGAUACUACGACGCCCAUCGAAGAGACUGUGAGGGCCAUGAAUUAUGUGAUUGAUCAUGGGUGGGCUUUCUAUUGGGGGACUAGUGAGUGGUCGGCGCAGCAGAUCACUGAGGCCUGGUCGGUUGCUGAAAGGUUGGAUCUUAUCGGCCCUAUUGUCGAGCAGCCGGAGUAUAAUCUCCUGUCUCGUCACAAGGUUGAAUCUGAGUACCUACCUCUUUACACCAACUAUGGUCUAGGUCUCACCACAUGGAGUCCCCUAUCAUCAGGAGUGCUCACUGGAAAAUAUAACAAAGGAGUAAUACCACCAGACAGUCGGUUUGCCUUGGAUAAUUACAAGAAUCUUGCCAGUAGGUCACUGGUUGACGAUGUGCUGAGAAAGGUUAAUGGAUUGAAACCCAUUGCGGAUGAGCUGGGUGCGCCUUUAGCGCAACUUGCAAUUGCUUGGUGUGCAGCAAAUCCUCAUGUCUCCUCUGUUAUUACUGGUGCUACAAAGGAGUAUCAAAUUCAAGAGAACAUGAAAGCCAUUGAUGUCAUUCCAAAGCUUACUCCAGAAGUGAUGGAAAAGAUUGAGGCGGUUGUCCAUAGCAAGCCAAAGCGUCAGGAGUCAUACAGGUAAAUACGGGAGAAGAUGCCAGUGGUGUAGUAUGUUUUUGCCAUCCUGCGUUGCCGCUCUAUGUUACUUGUGGUUCUGGUUUUGUUGUGUAUGGAGAACCUUAUCGUCCAGUUGGCCAUCAUUGGUUGUCCACUUUUUCGUUAAUUCAAGUGAAGAAAAAAACAUAUUGAUAUGAUUUAAUGCUAGAAACGUGAAGGUUAGAUUCUCUUUCAAUGUACUCUGUUGAAUUGGGUUUGCACUGUUUGAUUUGGAUUUUGAUUGUGUAGAGGAUUUCAUUUUCA